AACAAGAAGAAAACUUCGAGUUUAUCAUUGUCUCUCUCACUGGCCAGACUUGGCACUUUGAAGCUACCACAUAUGAAGAAAGAGAUGCGUGGGUACAAGCCAUAGAGAGUCAGAUCUUGGCCAGUUUACAGUCAUGUGAGAGCAGCAAGAACAAGUCCCGCCUGACCAGCCAGAACGAGGCCAUGGCCCUUCAGUCCAUAAGGAACAACAGAGGCAAUUCCCACUGUGUGGACUGUGAAGCACAGAACCCCGACUGGGCCAGCUUGAAUCUGGGAGCUCUCAUAUGUAUCGAAUGCUCAGGUAUACACCGAAACCUUGGCACGCACCUCUCCCGGGUCCGCUCUCUCGACUUGGAUGACUGGCCUAUAGAGCUCAUCAAGGUGAUGUCUUCUAUUGGGAAUGAGCUGGCAAACAGUGUGUGGGAGGAGAGCAGCCAAGGCCACAUGAAACCUUCAUCAGACUCCACAAG